CGUGACGAUCGCACAACUUCGCUGUGCACGUCGGCUGGUUUACAAAAUAUCUAAAAAGAAAUAAAAUAUAUGAGAUUUAUAUAUGUGUAUACAGCGGUGUAUAUAUCUACAUAUAGUUAAGUGUUGACACAAGCAUAAAUGCGAAGAAUAAUUUUUUUUAAUAAAAUUGAAGUGCAAAGUGCUGGCUAUAGGCUCUACUCAAAGUAUUAAGAAAAAACAAGGUUGACGCAGGCAAAAAAUGAAAUUCGACCAACUCAACGAAUUUAUUUAAACGCUUACAAGUUCGUUUCGUACGCCGCAGACAACACUUGGAUUACGGGUUUCCGGUAGCGCGGCACAGAAAAUAAACUAUUUGCAACAAAAAAGAAGCUAAAAAUAUUAAACAAAAAAUUUAAAAAAAAAUUGAAUUUAAAUAAAAAAAUUAAAAAACAACAAUAAUGCAGCGCAGAGUGCAAAAGUGUGUAGUGGCACAAAAUUAGUGCGAAAAAUUGAAAAAAAAAAUUUUCUUGCAACAAAAUAAACGCAUAAGUCACGCCUAAAAUGCGCAAAUUAAAGAAAUAAGGUUUCUAACGCCACAAACAUAAGCAACACGCUCAUAAAGUGUGCGCGUGUGUUAAAAUAUUUGAUUAAUGUGUUUGUGUGUUUAUGCGCUGAAGCAAGAAAUCUCUGCAGCAAAGACGCACAACCCAAAAAAUCACAAAUUAUCUACGAAAUCAAACAAAAUUCAAUUUAAAAAAACCAAAAUCAACACAAAAUUCCAACAACACAAUGUCCACCAAAAUGACACUCAUCUCCAAGACCAUUCUCUCCGUGCUCAUCACCGUCAUCAUACCGGUGCUCGGCGCGGCGCUUAGCAAAACAGUGCUCUAUCAGGCGCCCGACGAGUGUCGCUGGUCCGGCACCAGCGAGGCGGACAUUACGCUCGUCUGCCAUCUGCGCACCAUCAACUCGGAGUUGGAGAACACCAACUUCAGCGUUAUACAACCACAGAAUACGAUACGUCUACGGCUGGAGUGCAAUGAUGCGCUCUUCUUCCAGAGCAGUCUCAGUCCGGACUCCUUUCGUUCGUUGGUCGAGCUGCGCGCGCUGACCAUCGAGUACUGCAAACUCGGCAAUAUAACGGAAGGCUCGUUUCGUGGCUUGCAGGAUUUGCGCAAUCUCACCAUACGCACGCAUAACGGUGACUGGUCGACCAUGUCGCUGGAUAUAGCGAGCAGCAGUUUUAGCGAAUUUCGCCAGCUCGAUCGUUUGGAUUUGAGCUUGAAUAAUAUCUGGCUGAUACCGGAUGGCAUGGUGUGCCCGUUGAAGGUGCUGACACAGCUCAAUAUCUCGCAUAAUGAAAUACAAGAUAUUGGCAAUUUCCACUUUAGCGCGGCGUUGAGCUCACGCAAGUCACGCAUAUGUGGCACAUCGCUGACGCACAUCGAUUUGAGCGCCAAUAAGAUUGCCAAUCUGCCAUCGGCGAUCUUCUCCGGUUUGGGACGCCUUAGUAAUUUGAAUUUAGCGCGUAACGGCAUGAACUUUAUCGCAGAUCGCGCUUUCGAGGGCUUAGUCUCGCUCUCCAUUGUCAAUCUGUCCGGUAAUCGUUUGACCUCGCUGCCGCCAGAGCUUUUCGCCGAGGCGAAAUAUGUUAAGGAGAUCUACUUGAAGAAUAACAGUAUUAAUGUGUUGGCGCCUGGUCUCUUCAGCGAUCUGGCUGAUUUGCUGGUGCUGGACUUAUCAGCGAACGAAUUGAACUCGCAAUGGGUCAAUGCCGCCACAUUCGUGGGCUUGAAGCGUCUGGUAUUGCUCGAUCUGUCAGCGAAUAAGAUUAGCAAGCUGGAGGCAAGCAUCUUUCGUUCGCUCAGCUCGUUGCAGAUAUUGAAACUGGAGGAGAAUUACAUCGAUCACAUACCAGACGGCGCCUUCGCCGAUCUUGCCAACUUGCAUACGCUCAUCUUAUCCAAUAACCGCAUAUCGAUGCUGGGACCGCACACAUUGCGCGGCCUGUACGGCAUACUCGUGCUGAGUCUCGACUACAAUGCCAUCACGAAAAUAGACACGCAAGCAUUGCGCAAUUGCUCGAGCAUACAAGAUCUGCAUUUGAAUGGCAAUAAGCUGAAGAGCAUACCGGAUGCGUUGAGCGCUGUGCCGCUGCUAAAGACGCUCGACAUUGGCGAGAAUCUAAUUAAGAACAUUGAAAAUACCAGCGUUUCGGCAAUGGCCAACUUGUAUGGCUUGCGUUUGACGGAGAAUAGCAUUGAGUUCAUACGACGCGGUGUCUUCGAUCGCAUGUCAUCGCUGCAGAUACUGAAUUUGUCCGGCAAUAAAAUCAAAGGCAUCGAGGGGGGCGCGCUGCACCGCAACACACAGCUGCAGGCCAUACGUUUGGAUGGCAAUCACUUGAAGAGCAUCGAUGGCUUAUUCACCGAGUUGCCAAAUUUGGUGUGGCUUAACAUUUCGGAUAAUCGCUUGGAGAAGUUCGACUACUCGCACAUACCGACCGGUUUGCAGUGGCUGGAUGUGCGUGCCAACCGCAUCACGCAGCUGGGCAACUAUUUCGAAAUCGAAAAUGAGCUUAGCCUGAGCACAUUCGAUGCCAGCUCGAAUAUGUUAAGCGAGAUUACGGCGAGUUCGAUACCGAAUAGCGUGGAGGUUUUAUACUUGAACGAUAAUUUGAUCAGCAAAAUACAACCGUACACAUUUUUUAAGAAACCCAAUCUGACGCGCGUGGACCUGAUACGGAAUCGGCUUACCACGCUGGAGCCGAAUGCUUUGCGCCUAUCGCCCAUACCGGACGACAAGGACAUACCCGAAUUUUACAUUGGCCACAAUCCGUUCGAGUGCGAUUGCAAUCUAGAUUGGCUGCAGAAGGUCAACAGCGAGUCACGCACGCAACCGCAGCUCAUGGAUCUCGAUCAGAUCUACUGUAAGUUGUCGUAUGCGCGCGGUAAGACGCACGUGCCGCUAAUCGAGGCUAAAUCGAAUGAGUUCCUCUGCAAGUACGAGGCGCACUGCUUUGCUUUGUGCCACUGCUGUGACUUCUACGCGUGCGACUGCAAAAUGGAGUGUCCCGAUCGUUGUGCCUGCUAUCACGAUCAAUCGUGGACAUCGAAUGUCGUGGACUGCUCGCGUUCCGCCUACGAUCGCACGCUGCCUUCGCAUAUACCCAUGGACGCCACGCAACUGUAUUUGGAUGGCAAUAACUUCCGCGAACUCUCCAGCCACGCAUUUAUUGGACGCAAGCGUCUAAAGGUGCUACACUUGAAUCAUUCGCGCAUCGAAAUCGUGCACAAUCGUACAUUUUACGGGCUGCUUGAGCUCGAAGUGCUGCAGCUGAACCACAACAAUUUGCGUCAGCUGAAUGGUAAUGAGUUUCAGGGUUUGGACAAUCUGCAGGAACUGUACCUGCAACAUAAUGCCAUCGCCACCAUUGAUACGCUCACUUUCACGCACCUAUAUCACCUGAAAAUACUGCGGCUCGAUCAUAACGCCAUCACCGAGUUCGCUGUUUGGAACUUCCUGCCCGCGUAUCUGAAUGAGCUGCGGCUGGCGGGCAAUCCGUGGUCUUGCAAUUGUGAGUUCAUCGACAAAUUACGUGACUACGUCAAUCGGCGUGAAUCUGUGCAGGAUAAGGUGAAGCUGCGUUGCGCACUGCUCGCCGGUAGUAAUGCAACAACGACUGACAACAACAGCGCAGGGAGCGGCCAACAAGUGGAUGCUGAGCAAUAUGCCAUCUACUUGAGUGGCGAUCCACUGCUGGACGCGCAAACGCGCUUCGUCGCCUGCAAUGGUGGUCUGCAAGCGCCACAGCAUCAGUCGCCUUUGGGUGCGGCAGAUCCCAACGAUAAUGUGAUCAUCAAUGGCAACAUGACCUCGACGAAAAUGAUACUCUCACAGCCGCCGAUGCAUGAAUAUGUGCCGAUACUCGUAGCCGUCUUGACCAGCUUCGUUUUCGUGAUCAUCUGCACGCUGCUCGUGUUCAUCUUCCGUCAGGAGAUGCGCGUCUGGUGUCACUCACGCUUCGGCAUACGGCUCUUCUGCAAUGCGCAUCGCGAUGUUGACAAGAAUGAACGUGAAAAACUCUUCGACGCCUUUAUCUCGUACAGCUCGAAGGAUGAAGCUUUCGUUUGCGAGGAUCUAGCGCCUAUGCUCGAACAAGGUGACACGCGCUACAAGCUCUGCUUACAUCAUCGCGACUUUCCGGUUGGUGGUUAUAUGGCUGAUGCCAUCGUGCAAGCUAUUGAUACCUCAAGACGCACCAUUAUGGUGCUCUCCGAGAAUUUCAUUAAAUCCGAAUGGUGCCGCUUUGAAUUCAAAUCGGCGCAUCAGUCAGUGCUACGCGACCGUCGACGCCGGCUCAUACUGAUCGUGCUCGGCGAGGUGCCACAAAAGGAUAUCGACCCAGAACUGCGUCUCUACUUGAAAACCAACACAUACCUGCAGUGGGGUGACAAACUGUUUUGGGAGAAGCUGCGCUUCGCCUUACCCGACGUGCCGAACAAUCAGCGCCGCAUGCGCAACGCUGGCGUGGGCGGUUGCACCGGUGUAGGCGUGCACAUGCCCAUCGCUCAGCUGCCACCCACACAUCAUCACCAUGCACAUCACAUGCUGUCAGCGGGCGCUGGUAGUGGCGGCGCUGUCGGCAAUAUGUCAACCGGCGCUCAUCACAUGCACCACAUGCAUCCGCAGGCCGCGCUGCAACAUCAUCAGCUACAACAUGCCAGCUUCCGCUCGCAAAUGCAUCACAACAUCAAUGGCAGUCGACAGAAUCACAAUCGAAACAAUUCGGCCGCCGCGGCGGCUGCAGCGCAACAGCAACAACACCAGCAGGCAGCUAUGCUAAUGGGUGCGCCGGUGCAGUGCGCACAACUGCCGCUGCCGCCACAACAGUCACAACAGCUGCUGCCGACAGCAGCCAGCGCAGGCGCGCCACCUAGCAGCAUACAACAGCAGCAAUUGCCUCCACCGCCAUGCCCCAGUCCGCGCAGCAUCACGACGCAGUCCUCAGCGGCGGGUGGUAGCUCGCAGAGUUCCGGCCGCACAAUGGGCGUGCAUAUCUAAGAGUUGGGCGCUGAAGGCGCCAGCAGCGGUAGCAGUAGUUUCUAAUGUGUAAGUGAACGCGCGUGUGUGUAUGUGUUUAUAAACAACUGUUGGUUUAGUGGGGGAGGUGUUGUGUGUGCUAAAAUUGACGCAGUAAUGUGCGCGCUGAGCGCUUCAAUAGGCUAGACGUGGCUAUAGUUUGCUAGUGGUGUGGCAAGUGUAUUAUGGAAUGCUGACAAGCUAACUGCAAGCUUUUGGUAACUGAAGACCCCUUGCGUUCAUCAACUUUUCAACUGUGUUGCAUUGCGCUUAGUUCAAACACUAUUUCGAAUAUCAAAAAUUUUACUUCGAGCUUCGUUUCUGGGUCAGCGUCAUUUGUGUUGUGCUUGAACAUUAUCAGCUAAACUGCAGAUCUUAUAUGACGAUCGGCUAUUUACAUAUUACUAACGCGCUCACUUGCGCACAACAUUCACUAAUAUGGUGCUACUCUCAUCCGCAGACACAUGCAACUUCAUUGCUGUCUGCAUUUUCGCCUUUCACAUUUUGAAAUUUCCAUUCAAAAGCGUUUUGUAGGCAUUUUCCGAAUUCAGGUCAAACAAAUCGCCGAAACAAAACUCAACAGCUGUGUGUGUGUGCGUUCAAAGGCAGUAUUUUCGGCAGUAAAAAGAAAAACAACGCCGCGCUGCAUGCAACGCUGGCACGAAGCACAAAAAUACCAACAAAUACAUGUUGAAAAACUAUUUCUCAAACGUAUUUGCUAUUAAAUUAAAAACGAAAAAACAAAAACAACAAAGCACGGCGCGUCAAUAGGCGAAAUUCGAUUUGGCAUUGAACAUUUACUUCGUGCAACAUGCCUAUUGGCACAUAUUGCUUUGGCAUGCUUUGUGCAAUUGUUUGAGUGUAUGUGUGCAGCGUUGUUUGCCACUUUUUGUUGUUGUUGUUAUACAAUUUUUUUUGCGAUUAUGUUGCAAUGAAAGCAGUUAGUCACGUUAAAGUUGUCGCCUGUUGGCUUGCUGGCUGCGUGACCGGCGCACCGCAGCUAUUGUCUGCGCGUCUAAAUCAAACGGCAUUCUUUUGUACUAAAAUAAAGUUAUUUUUUUAAUAGACGCAGAAUUUUUGAAAUUAAUUGCCGUGGUUAGUGUGUAAAGUUGUUUGAUUUUUGUGGCAAGAACUUUUUCAUUUAAUGAUUGUAAAUUCUAUUUUUAACUAAAAUUAAAUUUGCUGAUUUUUCAUUUCUUGCAAUUAUUUUGUGAAAUUUUUGUAAUUUUUUUCUUGCCACAUUUGCGUUAAUUUCGUUAAGGGGCGCCUUGAACUUCGCUGACUAAUUAAAAACGCAUUCAAAACGACUGCCUCAACAAGCAUUUUUGCUUGAGCGCAACAAUUAUUUUACAGCGGCUUGUUAGCUCGCAUUUCGGACAUUUGACUUUAACCAAAAAACGCAACAGUUGUAAGUUGCAUUGAAAGCAGUGUGGCAAAAGCUACAAAAAUGCUUACAUAGGCGGCCAAAAAGUAAAGACAAAUCGAAAAAAAUAAAAAAAGAAAUAAAAAAUUACAAAAACCGAAACGUACAACCGAAACGCAUACAAAACUGUGCAUAUAUUUUGCCAAACAGCAACAACAAAUCGCCUGAGACAAGCUAACCGCAUUAAUAUUAUGUUGGCCAUGGCAAUGUUGCCACAAACUAGUUGCCGCACACAACUCUGCGCCUGCGAAUGUUAUGUAUAGUAGUUGUUAUUGGCAUAUUGUUGUUGUUCAUUAUGCACGUUUUACAUUGCAAGGCAGCGUGCUUUUGGUAUUAUUGUUGUUGCUGUUUUAUAUCAAGUUGUUUUUCCUACUCACUGGCCAUUAUGAGCUUCCUGUGCUCCAAAGCGCUACAGAAAAUUGAUGUUGCAUGCAACAAUCAUAAAAAGGCACCGAACAAAAAUAUUGUUAAAAAACAACAACAACAACUAUGCAGCGUACAGAAAAGUUCAAUGCAAAAUUGCAGCUAAAAGUAAUAAGCGAAAUAAGAGCAAAAGCCAGAGCAAGAAAUUAAGUGGACGCAAACACAAAGUUGGCUACAUAAAAAGCGUGCAGACGACUGCGGCCGGUUACAGAGAAUGGCAUAAUAAAGUAACAACAACAACAACAUAAAACGGUAACAAAACAGACACAAACAAAACGACUACGAAACAGCGCUGAAAAGGUAGACAGGUUAAGCGAUCGAUAAAGUGUUCGAGAGCACAAGAGAGAGCGAAGGAGACAGGUAUAGCGAAUGAAAGAGAGAGAGCUAGCGAUCGUCAAAGAAACAACUUUACGCGUCCGACUGCCAGUUAGUCGCUUAGACGGUAGACAGACCAACAGACAGCCAGCUGCAAACGUAUGUCGACCCAAAAGCGACACAGCGUUGCUUAGGUAGAAAAAGAGGCGGCCAAGUGGAUCGCCAGACAUGCACUUGGUCGAUCGACGGCGUCAAGCAGCAAGAUCGUUGCUUCAGCUACAGCACUUGAUGCCGCACCAUAGUGUGCUAUUUGAAGAUCGACCUGAGAUGAGGUAGGCAAAAAGUGUUGGAAGUAAAGAGCGAAGCAGACGAACAAAAGGCUGUGCAGAAGGCGAAAGUAGGUGCCACAGGCGGCUGAACUGGCAACAAAUAGGGGAAGAGACAGAAAGACAGGCAAGCAGUAAUAAAAAUGCUGUAUGCGAGUGUGUUUAGUGAAGAAAAAACAAGACAAAACAGUUAUACACAACUCAGCAGGGUACGACGCAACGACAAGUAGUCAAACGAUGAGCGCGUCAGAGCGUCCGAUCGAUACGUUGAUUACGGCUAGCGCGCAAAACAAAUGUGACUGACAUAGAUCGAUUUUUCGCUCACUAACGCGGCCGACUUUUUGACGGACUCUGUCAAGCGCGUUGAUGACUGACCGUUGCAUGAUUUUCAUAUAACGCUACGGUUUAGUUUAGUUAAAAACGCAACAAAAAUAGUAAUCAACAGAAAGAAGUAACUACAGCAGAAAAUUUUUGGGCAAAAUGUGAGGCAAAGUGGGCAGAAUAUAGAAAUAUUGCAGGCAGCGAUGUUUAAAAAAUUUAAAAGAAAUAUUUAGGAAUAUUUAUUAUUGCUUUUUAACUAUUAUUUUCGCAUUCAGCUCCGCAAGUUUUCGAUGAAAGCUAAAAAGUUCUUCAAAUGGCUGCCUUUUCUACUGCAUUAGAUCCAAAAAGCUGUCAAACCUUUUGAACAGUAUUAAAAGUUUAAUGAAAGCCCUGCUAAACUUGAGUGAAAGCUCUAAACUGGAGUGAAAGCUCUAAAGAACUGAGAAACUUUUCCAGAAAAACUUUGACUGCUUUUUUUAUCGCAUAAUUUGUACAAAACAGCAUUCGAUCCAAAAAUCUGUCCAAAUGUUAAAAAUAUAAUGAAAGCUUUGCUAACUAUGAGUGAAAGCUCAACGCUAAUAGGAAACUUUAAGCAAGGAUUCUCUAAAUUUGAUUGAAAGCUUCACGAUACUGCGACAAUUGAUUGAAAGCUUUAGAAUACCUUGAAAAGCUCUUUAAAGCUUUCAUGCACUUCGUGAAAGCACGUAGCCACUAAAAUUAGCAUUACAGUCCGCCGUUUGUUACCACAAAAAAUAAAGAAAGCUCGCACAAUUUAAGUCUAACACACGAUUUAAGUACUGAAUUAUUUUUUUUUUAUACUUUUUCUAAUAAUUUGUAUCAUUUCACCAUAAAACACAAACAAACACAAUGCAUUCCAUAUUUUUAUGUAAAACAGCAUUAUUACCCGCAUACACACCGCACUCACCUCAUCAACAGCAAAAUCAUUGCAUUUAUUGUACUAAAUAACUUAAAAUUGAACUUUAAUUGUUAAAUAAAUUUUAAUAUUUUAUUAUAUAAGCCUAGUAUAUA